UGAAAUAUGUGCCCUACAACAAAUAAGAAAAAGGCAGAUAGAUUGACCCAAAUCCCCCCUGUCCUCAGAUCCCUUGUCUCUCCAACAAAACUGUUAGAAUAGUCAAACCCUUCUUCUUUUGAAAGUAAGUAAACUAUGGAAAAGCAAAGUAACGUGGGUUUCUUUUUUUUAUCGGGCUGUGGCAGAGAGAGGAGAAGUAUAGCCUGACUCCCUCCGUGGUUAAUCUUCCCGGAGCGACUAUUCUGAAGAUUAGAUCUGCGUUUCCCAUCACGACUGGAGCAAAGAUUUAAUCAUUCCUCGGUGUACUAAAGCAAAGACGAGUUGUCGAGGUCGGCUGUAGCCAGAUUUGAAGUUAAUCUUCUGAACGUAUCCAUGUUUGCGGAUCAACACCGGCUUGGCGGUGCCCUCAAUUGAGUGUGCGCACGGGGGAGACGCUCGCAGUAUCACUGUUCCAAGUAUACGCUGCCAACGAUGAAAGAGGAGAUACAUUGUUUUCGGGACUAUCUGAAAUGGGGAGUCAAAAACUGCUAACACAAAUGGGAUUCUAGAAUUGGAAAACGGGUCUCAUUCUGAGUUUUAUAAGGAACUAUUCCAAAAGGAGAAAAUUCGUGUUUUUAUUUCUCUCAACAUAAUGUAUAAGAGGAAAAAUGUGGGUCGGAUGUCGAUUUCUGUUCGAUACGGAUACGAGAACUGGCAAGAUAUCAGCAUGAAUUAAAAGCAGAAAGAAAGAAAAAACAGACAUCAAUGUUCAUUUUUAUUUUGGAGCGAGUACCAUGGCGAAAAGGAAGGGACUAUUGUUUUCGCUGCUUUACUUGAUGGCAGAGUUUUGGCUGAGUUGGCAGCAAGUCCUUAGAAUCGGGGGUAUCUUUGAGACCCUUGAGAAUGAGCCCAUUAGUGUGGAGGAGCUGGCCUUUAAAUUCGCUGCAACAAACAUCAACAGGAACCGGACCUUAAUGCCCAACACCACACUGACCUACGACAUCCAGAGAAUAAACCUCUUCGACAGCUUCGAAGCCUCCAGAAGAGCCUGUGACCAGUUGGCUCUGGGUGUCGGGGCGGUGUUUGGUCCCUCUCACAGCUCCUCCGUCAGUGCUGUCCAGUCCAUCUGCAAUGCUCUGGAGGUACCUCAUAUCCAGACCCGGUGGAAACACCCCUCUGUGGACAACAAGGACAGCUUCUACAUCAACCUGUACCCAGAGUAUGCCUCCAUCAGCAGAGCCAUACUGGACAUCGUACAGUACUACAAGUGGAAGACAGUCACUGUGGUUUACGAGGAUGCAACUGGGUUAAUUCGUCUUCAGGAGCUGAUCAAAGCUCCGUCCAGGUACAGCAUCAAGAUUAAGAUUCGCCAGCUGCCGACGGAGAGUAAAGACGCCCGGCCGUUACUAAAGGAGAUGAAGAAGGGGAAAGAGUUCUAUGUUAUCUUCGACUGUUCCUACCAGACCUCCGCAGACGUACUCAAACAGAUCAUGUCCAUGGGGAUGAUGACUGAGUAUUACCACUUCUUCUUCACUACUCUGGACCUGUUUGCUCUGGACCUGGAGCCGUACAGGUACAGCGGUGUGAACAUGACCGGGUUCCGCCUCCUCAACAUAGACAACCCCCAGGUCGCCUCCGUGGUCGACAAGUGGUCCAUGGAGCGCCAGCAAGCCCCGCCCAAACCAGAGACGGGCAUGCUGGAUGGCAUGAUGACGACUGAGGCAGCGUUGAUGUAUGAUGCUGUGUACAUGGUGGCAGCAGCCUCCCAGCUCUCCACUCAGAUCACUGUCAGCUCACUGCAGUGCCACAGACACAAACCCUGGCGCUUCGGAGCACGAUUCAUGAACAUGUUCAAAGAGGCGACGUGGAACGGUUUGACAGGACAGAUCAUUAUAAACAAGACAGACGGUUUGAGGAAAGACUUUGACCUGGACGUCAUCAGUCUGAAGGAAGACGGCUUGGAGAAGAUUGGAUUGUGGAACUCCAACAACGGCCUUAACCUUACCGAAAGUCUGAAGGAUACGGGGACUAACAUCACAGAUUCCAUGGCAAACAGGACUCUGGUCGUCACCACUAUCCUGGAAAACCCUUACGUCAUGUACAAGAAGUCUGACAAGCCUCUGUACGGUAACGACCGGUUCGAAGGUUACUGCCUGGACCUGCUGAAGGAGCUGUCCAACAUCCUGGGAUUUGCCUACGAGGUUAAACUGGUGUCUGAUGGGAAGUAUGGAGCACAAAACGAUAAGGGAGAAUGGAACGGCAUGGUGCGGGAACUCAUAGACCAUGUAGCAGACCUGGCUGUGGCUCCUCUGACCAUCACCUAUGUGAGGGAGAAGGUGAUAGACUUCUCUAAACCCUUUAUGACCUUGGGAAUCAGUAUCCUGUACCACAAACCCAACGGCACCAACCCUGGAGUGUUCUCCUUCCUCAAUCCCCUGUCUCCUGACAUCUGGAUGUACGUACUACUGGCCUGCCUCGGAGUCAGCUGUGUCCUGUUUGUCAUCGCCAGGUUUACCCCCUAUGAGUGGUACAACCCUCACCCCUGUAACCCUGACUCUGACGUGGUGGAGAACAACUUCACUCUCAUCAACUCUGUCUGGUUUGGGGUGGGAGCUCUGAUGCAGCAAGGAUCUGAGCUGAUGCCUAAAGCCCUGUCUACGAGGAUAGUAGGAGGCAUCUGGUGGUUCUUCACCCUCAUCAUCAUCUCCUCUUACACGGCCAACCUGGCUGCCUUCCUCACCGUGGAGAGGAUGGACUCUCCCAUCGACUCGGCUGACGAUCUGGCCAAGCAGACUAAGAUAGAGUAUGGAGCUGUGAGAGACGGAUCAACCAUGACCUUCUUCAAGAAAUCCAAGAUCUCCACCUAUGAGAAGAUGUGGGCGUUUAUGAGCAGCAGGAAGAACACAGCUCUGGUGAAGAACAACAGAGAGGGGAUCCAGAGAGUCAUGACCACAGACUAUGCUCUCCUCAUGGAAUCCACCAGCAUAGAGUACAUCAGUCAGAGGAACUGUAACCUCACGCAGAUCGGAGGCCUCAUAGACUCUAAGGGCUACGGCGUGGGCACUCCCAUAGGCUCCCCCUACAGAGACAAAGUGACCAUCGCCAUCCUGCAGCUCCAGGAAGAAGGGAAGCUCCACAUGAUGAAGGAGAAGUGGUGGAGAGGGAACGGUUGUCCCGAGGAGGACAGUAAGGAGGCCAGCGCCUUGGGAGUGGAGAACAUCGGUGGCAUUUUCAUAGUGCUAGCAGCCGGACUGGUUCUCUCUGUGUUUGUAGCUAUCGGAGAGUUCAUUUACAAAUCCAGGAAAAACUUGGACAUAGAGGAGGUGAGUGUAGGGCAGUGUGAGUGGCAUCAUAAGUACUAACAGAAAAAAAGGUGCUCCGCGACUGUUAUUAUGGACCUUCUACAUAGAGUAGGUUGCUGUGGACCUUAUACACACAGUCAGUCAGUUGCUAUGCACAUUAUACAAUACACACAGUCAGUCAGUUGCUAUGCACAUUAUACAAUACACACAGUCAGUCAGUUGCUAUGCACAUUAUACAAUACACACAGUCAGUCAGUUGCUAUGGACAUUAUACAAUACACACAGUCAGUUGCUAUGGACAUUAUACAAUACACACAGUCAGUUGCUAUGGACAUUAUACAGCACAUAGAGUUAUACCGUUGUUACUGACCUUGUAUAAACACAGUCAGUCAGUCAGUCAGUCAGUCAGUUGCUGUGGACUUUAUACAUUACAGUACACCCAUUCAGACUGUUAUGGACUGUACACACAGUCAGUUGCUAUGGACCGUACACACAGUCGGUUGCUAUGGACCGUGCACACAGGUGGUUGCUAUGGACCGUACACACAGUCUGUUGAUAUGGACCGUAUACACAGUCAGUUCCUAUGGACCUUAAACACACAAAGUUAGUUGCUUUUAUGAAUGUUGUUUUCUCGUCAAAGGACAGCUUUUUUUUUUUAUCAGGACAACUUGUUUCAUCAGGCCAGCAGUUUGGAUUUGGGGAACUGCAGUGCAACAAUCACACACAAAUGACUUUAUUGUAGAGUAGGCCUAGUGUUUGAGGUACUUUUGAUUUAGAUAAAAAUGAACAUUUUUAUUCCUUUAUUGGCACAAUAUCUUAUUUAUAACGAGAGUCGGUUGGGUUUAAGGGAGGCACACCACUUGACUGUCUUGGCCUUGCUGUUUCUGUGUGAAAAUGUAUUAUUUUGUGUCAUGACAUGAUACUGUAGGUAAGUGAUGAAGAUAUAAGGUUUCACUGGAGGUUAAUACGCACCAUUACUGAUCUAUAACUUCUUAAUUACAUUUACUGAUCUAUAACUUAUUGAUUACAUUUAACUAAUGAUUAGGUUUGAGGAUAUCAUGUUUUGCUUGCAAAUGUUUGCAAAUUUACAUCCAGGUAUUUGUACAGCAUAACGUAACAGUAUUGCUUCUUCUGAACACCUUUGCUUGUAUUCAUAUAUAUAUGAAAAUAUCUGAAUGAUUGUAUGUACAUGUGAGUGAGGUUUUUCCGAAUCAUUUAUGGAUGAGAUGCCCCUUGAGACUUUAUUCAUUGAGUCGCUUUCAUUCGUUGCUUUUUGUAUCAUUUGACGUUCAUGAAAAUGCAUGUAAAAGUUGUCAUGUUGGUUUUGUUUAUGAACGACUAAAGUUAUGUGGAGAACGUGA